UUCAAAUCGCCAUUGAAGAGCAGAUCAGAAUGUACAGGGUGGCAGUUCUAAAAAGUGUAUGGCGUGCUGCCGCACUUUGAGCUGGCAAGAGUCCAAUAUGACUUCGAGUUUAUUGGCCAGUUGUUUGGCAGACUUGAGCAGACUUGAAAAGCUGGCAAUGCAUGAUGCAUCGACUUCGCAAAAGUUGGUGGCCUUGUUGCGCUCGCGCUCACAAGAGAGUGAACCAUCUGAAGUGUCUGAAAGUCUUGACAUGAAGAUCCUUAGCUGCUGGGAUUCCUUGGGUGAAGACUUCAAUCGGCAAAGAUCUGAGGAGUACUUGCCAGAGGAGCGGCGAGCUCUCUUUCAAGCUGCUAAAGAGGCGAUCCCUUUGCUGGUGCGUGAAAACACGGUGAUGGAGAGCAAUUUGCGUGAGUACGACUGGGCUCUCCAGCUCACCUUGCAAGAGCUCUUCCGCGUGAGGGGUGAUGCCAUUGAGCUCACCACGCUGAUGAAGCAGGCCACGUCCAUCAAGCGCUACCUACGAGCGGAACAUCAGGCGCAGCAAGAAUUGCAAGAAGAGCAAAUGAGACUGGAAGCCAGACAUGAACACCUUACUGCACUUCUACAUGAAGCCACAAAUGCUCAGGAUGAGGAACGAACCACUGCUUUGAUCCAAGCCUUAGCCCAUGAGAAUAGCAUCUUGCGCUCCAUGUUAUUCCCCAGUAAAGAGGGUGAAGAGCCCUUCGUCGACUCCCCACGGCGAGCUUUGAGCUCCAGUCGUGGGAGUCGAUCUGAUCGAAGGACCCUCUCAAGCCCUUCGCCGGGGAGUCCCAUCGAGUUCCCCUUCUCCGAGGUUCCAGACAUUCCACUACCUCCUUUGCCACCCAUGCCACCACCCUCGCCGCCCUCGCAGCAUCGUGACGUGCGAUAGGAAGCCA